UGUAACUACUUUUGGUGUUGCAGACGAAAGUGAAAAUUGGAGCACGUUAAUAUCCAAGCUCCUGAGGGUUAUUAUUAAUCUUGUCAACUGACUUCGAUGUCGGACCCUUUAGAUCGAGACAGAGGAGGAAGACGCCGCAGAAGACGAGACAGACCCGGAAGAAAAGAGCGAGAGCGUGAACCCGACCAGUCUCCUGCUCCCAACAAACUUCCCAUCAUCCUUGGCCUUGCGAAACCAGCAGUUGAACAGCAGGCUUCAGGAGGGGGCGCAGGAACCACAGCAGCCAUGCAGACAGCCAAUCUCUCCCAAGGAGGUUUAGUCAACAAGGCACAGGAGAAACCCAUUGUUGUGCUUCGAUCUCGAGAUGAAAACAGGCCUGCACCUACCACCACAGCCACCAACCAGGCAACCACCACCAAUCAAGGGGAGGCAACUAUGGGGCCAGCAGCGUAUCAGAUUCAGCGCCAUUCCUCUGUUGGACAUUUAGCCUUUGAAAACAGCUCCCAGAACCGCCUGGCCCCGCCCCCUGAGAUGAAGCACUGUGUGAAGGUUGUGGACGAUUCGUUCCGCUGGUGCGAUGCAGGAAUUGAGAUGCUGCUGGAUCAGACAGACUUCCUUGUAGUGGGAGUCCUUGGCCCGCAGGGCAGCGGCAAGUCGACCAUCCUCUCUCUCUUGGCGGGCACCUCCCCUCAAGACUCAUACAGGAGCUAUGUGUUCCAGCCUCAGACAAAAGAAGUGAAGGAGAACGGAGCGCAUCAGACAAAUGGCAUCGACAUGUAUGUGACACCAGAGCGGAUCAUCUUCCUGGAUACACAGCCAGUUCUCAGUGCUUCCAUCCUUGACCAGAUGAUACACCAGGACAAGAAGUACCCUACAGAGUACACCUCCGUGGAGAACUGUAUAGAGAUGCAGUCCCUGCAGAUGGCAACCUUCCUGAUGACCGUGUGUAAUGUGAUCCUGGUGGUCCAGGACUGGUUCACUGACGCCAGCUUUCUUAGGUUCCUGAAGAACGCUGAGAUGCUGAAACCAGCCACUCCGUCUGGACACGAGGGCUCCUCACAUCCUGAAGAUGCUCCUGACUACUUCCCCCAUGUUGUGUUUGUACAGAACCGAGCUAACCGUGACGACUAUGGCCUGGAGACUUACAAGAUGAUGACACAAACACUGAGCAACACGUUUGACAUGACCAAGCUCAAGUGUACAGGCACUGUCAAUAUGGUGCGAGGCAGCGUCAUCCCCGGACUUACCUCCAAGACAGUCAAGUCCGAUAUGAAUGUCUUCUGUAUCCCCCAGAUGGAGUACUACAAGCUAGAGCCAGAACCUAUUCUCACCCUGCUGCCAGAAUACCGAGGCUUCCCUACAUUCAUAUCCCUGGUUCGAUCGCUGCGGAACCAGAUCUACUCCCUGCCACGCCACCUCCUCACACACACUACAUUGUCUGAGAAAAACUGGUUUCACUAUGCAGCGAGGAUGUGGGACACUGUCAGAAAGUCCCAGCUGCUGUCUGAGUAUAACAGACUCCUGCCCUGAGACACCCCCGGCAGACGGCAAAAUCUUGCCAGAUGGCAGACGUUCAUCCGUAUGACCUGAAGCUCCAGACAGCAGACGUGCAUCUGAAACUUGCGAGAGAGCAGACAUGCUUCUGCAAUUUCCCAAACAGCAGACAUCUACCCUGAAGCUCCAGACAAAAGAUGUAUGUUUGAAACUAGAUGGACAGCAGGCGUGUAACUGAAAUUCCAGACAGCAGAUGUACAUUUGAAACUUGCCAGACAGCAGACGUCUAUCCAGAAGCUUGAAGCACAAGAUAUAGCCUGAUACUUGCUGGACAGCAGACGUAAGUCUGAAACUCUAGACAACAGAUGUGUAUCUCCGACUUACCAGACAACAGGCAGAUGUCUGAAACUUCUCAGAAAGAAGACAGUUGUCAGUUUGAGACAGGGUGGUGGAUAAUAUGCAGUACACUGGUGGUUGUCUCUGGUAGUCGGGAUUUGGGACAGCAAGAGAUUCAGUAGAGGAAGGCGUCAGGACAUAAGGACAAGGAAACUGUUAGCAUAACUUUCAUAGCUGUGAUUGAAUCUGAAUAUUUAUAUAGUUUACAGUCAAUCUAAGGCU